CAAGUAAGAACCAGCUGUUGUUAUGCUAUUCUUAUUCCUCUCCUCAUAUUCUAUUCGUUGAACUUUCUUGGCAAGAUCUGGGUUUUUUUCUCUCUCUCCCUCUCUUAGCUAUAACCCCCAAAUUAGAGGGGUCCAACUCCUCAUCUUUUUUGUUUGUGCAUACAUACAUUGAUUUAUGGAAACAAACUGACAGCAAAAGAAGAAGAAGAAGAAGAAGAAGAAGAAGCUCUGAGAGAUCUGGCAACUUCACUUAAGAGGACAAAUUGAGGAAUGAUAUAUAGAUGGAGAGUAAAGGGAACUGGUUUUCUUCAGUAAAGAAAGCUUUCAGCCCAGAAUCCAAGGAAAAGAAAAACCAGAAAUCAAAGAAAUCGAAGAAGAAAUGGUUUGGAAAGGAAAAACCUACUGUUCCUGAUUCACCAUCUUUAGAUACUGUCACAGCGCCUCAUCCUCUUUCUCCGCCCGAAGAGCUGAAUUUGGAUUUGACUGACGUGGAGGAUGAACAAGAUAAACAUGCAUAUUCUGCUCCAGUUGCCGCUGACGUGGCAGCUGAGUCUCCCGUUGCAGCUGUUCAAGCUGCUGCAGAGGUUGUUCCUCCCACUGCCAUGACUCAGUUGACAGGUGAAUGGAAGGAGGAAGUUGCCGCAAUCAAAAUUCAAACGGCAUUCCGUGGAUAUAUGGCAAGAAGGGCAUUGAGGGCUUUGAGAGGGCUUGUCAGGCUGAAAUCAUUGGUACAAGGGACUCCUGUUAUACGGCAAACUUCAAAUGCUUUAAGAUGCAUGCAGACUCUAGCCCGUGUGCAAUCUCAGAUCCAGUCCAGAAGGAUCCGGAUGUCGGAAGAGAAUCAGGCACUCCAGAGACAGCUCCUACAGAAACGUGCAAAAGAACUAAGUUUGCAGAUAGGAGAGGAAUGGGAUGACAGUCUACAAUCAAAAGAACAGAUUGAAGCAAACUUACUUGGCAAGUAUGAGGCAGCCAUCAGAAGAGAGAGAGCACUGGCUUAUUCUUUCUCUCAUCAGCAAAACUGGAAGAAGUCGACAAGAUCUGCAACACUAUUGUUCAUGGACCUAACUAAUCCUCACUGGGGUUGGAGUUGGCUAGACCGAUGGAUGGAAGCCCGUCCAUGGGAGACUCAAAGUACAACUGAGAAAGAAUUCAAUAACGACCAAUUAUCCACAAAGAGUGCCAGCCUCAACCUAGCUGGAGGAGAAAUCACCAAGGCUUAUGCUCGUCAUCAACUCAACUCUGACAAACCUUCCCCGACUUCCACCCAAAAGCCGAAUCGUCGUCCUAGCCACCGUUCCCCUUCAACUCCUCCAUCAAAGUCAGCAUCUUCAACAGUAUCAAAGAAAUUGAAGCCAGCAAGCCCGAAAGGGAACAUGUUUAGCCCAGAUUCUGAUGGAAAGAGCAUGUUCAGUGUGCAGUUAGAGAAGAAUAGGAGGCACAGCAUUGCAGGGUCAUCAGUGAGGGAUGAUGAGAGCUUAGCAAGCUCUCUGGGAGUUCCAAGUUUCAUGGCACCCACUAAGUCAGCGAAAGCUAAGUCACGGAUGCAAAGGCCAUUGGGUUUGGAGAAUGGGACACUGCCAGAGAAGGAAUCAGCGGGGCCUGCAAAGAAACGGCUGUCAUUCCCAGCUUCACCAGCUAGGCCGCCGAGGCGGCAUUCAGGCCCACCAAAGGUGGAAGUCAGUUCCAUUGCAGAGAAAAAUGUGACAAAUGGAGGGGUUAGUCAAGAAUAAGUCUAGGAACACAGAAAUUAAUCACAAAUAUCACUCAUUCUGUGUUUUAAAUUCUAUGUUUGGUUUAUGUGUUCACAACAGCACUGGCCAGUCAGUUGUUUCCUGAUGAAGGAGCAUUGAAGAAAAUAAUUUCCACGUGGACUUGAGAGGUUAUCGAAGUGAAGAAUUGAAGAUUAAAAAGAUAGAUCAUUUGAUUUGUGAAUUAUUACUUCUAAGUAUGUUAAUCAUUUUUAUUUUAUUUAUUGCUUUGAGGUUGUUGGUUUUGGGGGUGAAGUCAAUCCCCCCUUGGGUAGGUCCUGCCGUGGGAAGUUUUUCUCUUUCUUUUCUCAUUUUUAAGAAUGUGAAUGAUUUCAGACAAAAAAAACAGCUUUCCAGCUUUGAUUAUUUUGUGAAGAAUGUGAUUCUGUUACACUUCUAUACCUUCAAUGUAAUAAAUCCACUUAUUGUUCCUUUC